CUUGGGAGGGAACUCCCAAAGUCAAGUGUUAGAUGAGGUCACUCACCCACCGGCACCCUCAGGGCUGAUUCAAGAGGAGGUGGAAGCUCCCGUGCUGUGGCUCCCGCAGACGGGCGCUGGACUCCCGGCUGCGCUCUCCAGGCCAUCCAGCCCCUCUGGACUUCGACCUGCUCCCUCGACCAAGCUGGAAAGGCUGUGCACGCCCAGCCCAGCCAUGAGCUGAUGAUCCGGGGAGCGGAGCGCAGACUGAAAACCUUCAGACCCCUCCAGAACCUCCUUUCCUGGCGUCGGCCUCAGGCGAGUGCUGGCUUUCUGAAAACUGCCCGAAUGCUGUGACUUUCCUAUCGUUCCUCUGCUUCUUCAUCAUCGUUAGGCACUCUCUGAGUCUUGCUAUUUCCACUUUCCACAGGGAAUCCUGCCUCACCUCCCGCUGAUUUCUGCAGACGUGCUGGUAUCCAGGAUGGAGAGACAAGGGAGUGAGACACUGGCCAGUGAGAUGGAGGAGAUGAGUGGAAGAGCUGAUGUGACCCUGGACCCAGACACUGCCAACCCCUUCCUCAUCCUGGCCAGUGACCAGCGGGGCGUGGGACGGGGCAACGUGUGGACCUCGCUGCCCAACAACCCCGAGCGGUUCGACACGGAGCCAUGUGUGCUGGGCAGCCAGGGCUUCACCGCGGGGAGGCACUACUGGGAGGUGGAGGUGGCCAAGGGGGGGGACUGGUGGGCUGUGGGGGUGGCCCAGGAGUCUGUCAGGAGGAAGGGGGUCCUCAGUUUUGCCCCCCAGGAGGGGAUCUGGGCCGUGGGGCAGUGGUUUGGACAAUACCAUGCUUUCACGGACCCUGACUGGACCCCCCUGCACCUUGCCUGCCUCCCCAGGGCCAUCCAGGUCUGCCUGGACUUUACAGACAGGCAGGUGGCAUUUGCUGAUGCUGAAAACGAAGCCUCAGUCUUUGCUUUCUGCCUGGCUUCGCGUCCCGGGGAGAGGCUACGCCCGUGGCUCUGGGUGGGGAUGGACUCAUGGCUCACGCUGUGCCCCUGACGUGGAGGGAGCGCGCGUGGUGGGAGGGAGACUGGAAAGGUGAACGCCAUCAUCUUGGGUCUCGGUGCUGGGCACUGGGAGGGCCCUGCAUCCCGCCGGCUUCUCCUCACAUGGUUCCUCUGGCCACCCAGUGGGAGGACUGGCAGGUCCUGGAGAUGGGCCCCACCGCAGGUCCCCUCCACCCUACAGCUGGGACUGCAGCAACGGAGCGCGGAUUCGGUGCGUGGAGGCGCUUGGUGCCAGGCGUCCGCAGGGCAGAGAAGUCGCACCGAGUCCC